CCUAAUCCUUAUUUAAAGGGAAGAGUUGGUCAUGUUGAACUCACCACAUAAUUAAAAAAAAAAAAAUACUUCACUUUCUCAUUUUCUCGCCAUAGUAAGCUCUGAAAGAAAAUAACCUUUCCUGCAGGAUGAAGAGCUCCACCAUUUUCCUUGUCUUCGUAUUGGCCUUCUUGGUUAUUGCUGGAAAUGAGGAAGUGAGUGCGGCAAGACCAAAUCAAUGUAACAAGGAACAACUGCCACCAUAUGAAUUCAAGUGCUACAAGGAUGCUGACUGCGUCCCUGGCUGCCUAGCUCAAUUUGGACCCAAAGCUGUUGCAAAAUGCGACGAGCUGUGGUUCAGAUGUUAUUGCUGGAUUUCCUGUCCAUAAAUUAAUUCAAUUCACCUCCAUCAACACUAUUAUUGUAUCAAAUAAAUUUUGAUUAAAUUAGUGAAGGAUAAUUGUUAAUUACAUUGAUGUGGGAAAAAAGCUCUCAAUUACAAUCCGGUUAUGACGUUAUGCGUCUGCACAAUGUGGGCGUCUUAUUGUAUCGUUGUGCUCCAAAUCAUUGAAAGCAUUGACGUUGGGGUUUUCCUAGAUUCGAAUUACUAGAUAACACUUUUUUCCCAAUCCUAAAGGGAAACAUUCAAAAAGACGAAAGAGGGGGAAGCUCAACUAGUGGAGCUGUUGGUUUGGCACAAAGAAAAGUUGUGUAUUCGA